AUGGAUCGAUCAAGGUCGACCUCACCUACUCUAUUCCGCGAGGGCGCGGCAACUCCAGACAUCGAAAGCGCACCAACUUCGGUACCUCCGAGCCAGAUAGACCUUUCCACUGGCCCAGAUAACGAAAAACAACUGGAAAAAAGAGAUAUCGAGUCAGACGUCGGUGCCUGGCUCUGCGUCUUUGCAUCUAUGCUAUUCCUGAUAUCUUCCUAUGGAUUUAUGAACUCCCUCGGGACAAUCCAAUCCCAUCUCACUCUCAACGAGUUGAACGGCUAUAGUGUUAGUCAAGUCGGAUGGAUAUCAGGAACUUACCUCUUCCUGUCGCUCAUCUUCAACUUCCAAAUCGGCUCUAUCCUAGAUCGCUAUGGUCCUCAGAUCCUCGGCCCGAUCGCCGCCGCCUUCUCCACCGUUACAUUCCUGCUACUAGCUGAAUGUACGCAAUAUUGGCACUUCAUCCUCUGUCUCGGCCUUUUUGGCAGUAUCGGGAGCGGGAUCGGUGCUGUCACGGCUAUCGGCGUCAUCGGCAAGCUUUUCACUCGCCGUCGCGGCCUUGCCAUGGGUAUUGCUGUUAUGGGCACUUCGCUUGGUGGCAUUAUUUAUCCCAUGAUGCUACGCGCUACUUUUGGCAAGCUUGGUUGGGCUUGGUCGAUGAGGCUUGUUGCGUUGGUCAUCGCGUGCAUCACGUCACUCGGCGUCUUAUGCUAUCUCCCGUUCCGACGACUCACCGAGGGACGAUCAACAGCUCAAAGACCCCAGAGCUUCAGUCUAGAUUUAUCAGCCUUCAACUCGUUAAGCUUUAUUGUCACUGCCCUUGGUAUCUGCAUGGUUGAGUUUGUCAACUACGGAAUCAGUGGCUUGUUACCAACUAUCGCAAGAGGAGCAGGGUUUUCCACCGAGGAUGGAUAUACUCUUCUAUCCAUCCUGGGUGCCUGCUCUUGCAUCGGCCGUUUCUCGAUUGGGUUCGUGGGAGACAAGGUUGGACCAUUCAAUGUUAUGAUCACCACGAUGCUAGUCAUUCUGGUGUUCAUCUCGUCCAUUUUUAUCCCAUUUAGCACCACCUCAGCUCCUCUCAUGUAUACCUUUAGUGCACUCUGGGGAUACUGUUCUGGAUCUUUCUACGUCCUAUCACCAUUAUGUACCGGAAAGACUUGUGAGCCUCAAGAUUAUGCGCGAUAUUUUGGCUCUACAAACAUGUGUGUGGCUGUCGCCCUGCUCCUUGCCAACCCACUAAGUGGAAUCCUGCUCGAAAAGCUAGGCGCUCAACUCCUGGGUUGCUUUUACCUCGCUAUCAUCGUACUAGCUGCCAUCUUCUUUGUCACAGGGCGAUCACUGUUACCUGGAAAAUGGCCCAUCCUCCGCAGAAGGCUGUAA